CAUGCAGAGAAACCACAUGGGAGAUGCUGUCAUUCUCGGACUUCUCUGUUCUCACGUCUGCAGCCUUGCCAGCAGCACACACCUUGACUGUGCCAUCCCUACUGACACACGCAUUGCAUUUGCAUGCAAAAAUCCCGAGGCUCUUGUCAGGAGCGUCUGCGAGGGUUGCCAUGCAAAAGAUUCAGAGACGUGCAACAUGACCGUCCAGGCUGUGUUGGACCAAUUUCCUCCGCUGAGAGCGUGUGAGGAGCUUUGUGGCGCCAUUCAAGAGCUGGUGGCACAAUGCGAGCCACAGCCAGCUCUACAGAAGAGAACCUCACAGACUGGAAGGCAGUCCAACACUUUAAUAAACUUUGAACCUGUUGGAUCCUGCACGGACCAAAUGAGACUUUGUGUGAGUGACGCUUCGUGCAACAAGAAUCUGGCGCGCGUCCUUCAGGCUUGCACGGCAGGCCGCUGUGACCCCGACCGCUGUGGACGAGAAACGCGACAUUUCUACGCCAGCAUACCUCACAACCUCGCCGAGACGCUGGUCAUGUGUGAAUGUGAUCCCGCGGAUCACAUCUGUCGGCAGAUGACAGCAGUUUUGCACGGCAACACGUGUGGUGAGGACACUUUGGUCUGUCAGGAGGCGCUCAGACGCUGUGUUGAGGACCAACACUGCAGAGAAUUGCUAACCAGCUUCCAAGCCGAAUGCUGGAGUCCUGCGGCAGCAGCGUGCAGCGGCGAAGCUCUUCAAAGUGAAUGUUUUGGCCGCCUGGACCCAUCAGACAUUCUCGGAGAAGAUUUGAAAUGCAGAAAGGCCUUCGUGGCCACGCUGGGCACGGCGCUGCAGCGCCCAUGCACGUGCCAACAAGUGCACGGCCCUGAUUUCCGCACAUGCAGCGUGAUACAAGACGUGCUUCACAACAGGUCACAUUUCAGAAGCCAUCGGAGACGUAAUGGCCCUUCUACUCCUCCUGCAAUCAGUGAGUCGGAGGAAGGUCGCAAAGGGCUCACUGAUUAUUUGCUUUAUAGCGGUGCAGCUGUGCUGUUCCUGGGACUUCUACCAAUGACUUUGGCUGUUUUAUAUAAAAUGCGGCUGGUGAGAAGACACAACAGACGAGAGGAGACCAGAUUUCAGCCUCUUGAAAAAAGUCCCUGUGUUGCUCUCAUUGAUGAAGCGGAAGCAAGUGAGGCGAAACUGACCGUCUGAUUGGAUUCAACAUUUGUCUUGCUUGCCGUGACUGCAUGAUGGGAUGCAGCUGCAGGACAGGAAAGUCACGCCUCCAAGAUCCAUCCAUCGUUUCUUGUAUGAUAUUCAUUCUAUUUGGCGUCACUGGUAAGCUGGAGCUUAUCCUAUAGCGGACUUUGAGUGAGAGGUCAACCAAAUCAAACUUUAUUUAUAUAGCACGGGCAAAAGUUGCAAACCCAAAGUUCUGUUAUCACAGAACACCUUUUGACAAACAACAAUUCACUCUCACAAUCACACUUACGAACUGUCUUGAGUUUCCAAAGAUUUCUUAUUUUUUUGUGAUUGGAGCACAUCCUUGUUGGGCACAAAAAACAUUCAUGAAGUAUGGUUCUUUUAUGAAUUUAUUAUGAGUCUACUGAAACAAAAAUUGAACUGUUUGGCCACAAUACCCAGCACUAUGUUUGGAGGAGAAAAGGUGAGGCCUUUAAUCCCAGGAACACCACCCGUACCGUCAAGCAUGGUGGUGGUAGUAUUAUGCUCUGGGCCUGUUUUUGCUGCCAAUGGAACUGGUGAUUAACAGAGAGUAAAUUGGACAAUGAAAAAGGAGGAUUACCUCCAAAUUCUUCAGGAAAACCUAAAAUCAUCAGUUUGGGUCUGUUAGCGCAGUUGGGUGUUCCAACAGGACAAUGACCUCAAACACACUUCAAAAGUAGUAAAGGAAUGGCUAGAAAUAAGGUUUUAGAAUGGCCUUUCCAAAGUCCUGACUUAAACGUGUGGACAAUGCUGAAGAAACAAGUCCAUGUCAGAAAACCAACAAAUUUAGCUGAACUGCAGCAAUUUUGUCAAGAAGAGUGUCAAGAAAUUCAACCAGAAGCUUGUGGAGGGCUAACAAAAGCACCGUAUUGCAGUGAAACUUGCCAAGGGACAUGUAAGCGAAUAUUAACACUGCUGUAUGUAUACUUUUGACCCAGCAGAUUUGGUCACAUUUUCAGUAGACCCAUAAUAAAUUAAUAAAACAACCAAACUUAAUGAAUGUUUUUUGUGACUAAAAAGUAUGUGCUCUAAUCACUCUAUCACAAAAAAAUAAGAGUUGUAGAAAUGAUUGGAAACUCAAGACAGCCAUGACAUUAUGUUCUUUACAAGUGUAUGUAAACUUUUGACCAGGACUGUGUGUGUGUGUGUUUAUAUAUA